CAACAAUGAAACAACAUGUUAUCAACAACAAAGAGAUCUCUUUCAUAUGAAGAUAUUAAUGAAACAAAUCCACUAAAGAAACACAAAGCCAAUACAGUGAUUAAUAUAACAAAUAUGAAUCAACAGAAAUCAUUACCAAAUAAAGAAUUCAUUUCUCUUUCGGAAAGAAUGAGGCCUACAUGCAUUGAUGAUUACAUAGGACAGGAAAACAUUAUUGGAUCUCACACAAUACUAAAACAAAUGCUAAUGAAAGGACAUAUUCCUAGCAUGAUACUUUGGGGUCCACCAGGAUGUGGAAAGACAUCUCUAGCUAAUGUUAUAUCAAAACUAAUUAAAGAAAUACAUGGAGAAAAAGUAUAUAUUACAAAUCUUUCUGCAACAUCCUCUGGUGUGAGUAAUAUCAGAAAUAUUGUUAACACAACAAAAACUAAAUCAAAAUUGAGCAAUCAAGCUAUUGUAUUUAUGGAUGAAAUACAUCGCUUUAAUAAAUUGCAACAAGAUAUUUUUUUACCACAUAUCGAGGCAGGCACAUUUACUCUAAUUGGUACAACUACAGAGAAUCCAUCUUAUAGUUUAAAUUCUGCUCUGCUAAGUAGAUGCCGUGUAUUUGUUUUAAAUAAGUUAACGGUAUCAAAUAUUGUAGAUAUUCUUUGUAAAGCCAUUUCAUCUAUUAACGGAGAGAUAUAUAGUUUUCCAGAAAAAACUUUAUUGACUAAUUUAAAGUAUAAUUUAAGCUGUAGUUCUAAACCAUGUUUCUCCAUUAAUCAGAUGGUAAUUGAUUGGCUAGCAGAGAUAUGUGAUGGAGAUGCACGUGUUGCAUUAAAUAGUUUAGAUCUGGCAGUUCAAAGUAAAGUGUCAAACGAACUAAGUCCUUCUCAUCUUGUUUCAAUAACUCUUGAAGAUGUUAAAAAAAGUCUUAAACAAGCACAUACAUUAUCCGAUAAACAUAAUAAUACUCAUCAUUUAUAUUCUGCUUUACACAAAUCAAUAAAAGCUGGCAAAGAAAACGCAUCUUUAUAUUGGUUAGCACGGAUUAUGGCAGUUAAAGAAGAUCCAGUGGACAUAGCAAGAAGAUUAGUAAGAAUAUCAAGUGAAGAUAUUGGUUUAGCAGACCCUGAUGCUUUAGGCAUAGCUGUUCAUACUAUGCAUGGAUGUCAAAUGAUCGGAAUGCCAGAAUGUGAUGUGAUUUUAACACAAUGUGUCAUAUAUUUAACUAGAGCACCAAAGUCUCAACUUGUGUAUAAUGCUUUAAAAUCUGUUAAAAAUAUAAUUAUAAACCAUAAAGGUCCACAACCUACAGUACCAGUACAUAUCAGAGAUAGUACAGGACAAGAAAAACAUUAUGCUAGUUCUGGUUGCCAAGAAGGAAAUUUAUUGCGUAAAGAGAAAGACGUUCAAACAUACCUACCAUUUAGCUUACAGCAUGUUGAUUUCUUCUCCGAAAGUUGAUAAAUUCUCUGUAUCGCCCAACAUACUUUCUUCUAAAAAACAAUUUUCAACUUGUUUUACCUACACAAAACAAGUUCUACUUCAUACACAUUGAAAUAAUUAAAAUAAAGUUAUGUAAGUCUAA